UCCUUUUUUUCAUUUUCUGUGUGCAAUUGUAGUUUACUUAUGGGGGAGAGGGGGCAGGAUCUAUCCAAAUUAUGCAGAUUGUAAGGAAUUUUUUGAGACAGGCACACCGUUGGCAGUGUUGUCCUGGGUAUGACAUUAAACUGCCCCCCAACCCAAGGUGUAGUGCGACCCGUGCCGAGGGGUGCAUGGCACAGGGGAGCUGUGCUUCAAACGGGGCCUCUGGGGUACCGGGUGCUCCCCCAGAGUAUCUAGCCUAGCUCGGGCAUGCGGGGCUCUGCCCGGGUGGUCCACACUUUCCUCAGAAUCUCGUGGGAUCAUAGAUAAAAAUCCUGAAAUAAGCUCCAAACGAGCAGAUACUGAGAAUUCCAGGGGACCUCUCUGUGAGGCGACCCAGGAUUCAGAAUGGACCAGGUACAAACUUGGCAAGAGGGGACCUCGAGGUGAGGUGACCUCGGACCUUGUAGAUGAUAAAAGUACUGUUGCAGAGGGAGACUGUUCUAAACUCGCAAUAGGAGGGACCCCAGUGCCCGUAUGUGGCACUGGGGAAACCUAUACAUUCAAAAACAUCUCUGAAAGAGGCGAUGUGGGAAAGGGCGACAGUGGUGCAGAGGGAGAAUGCUCAAACCUCUCAGAUAACUCUGUGCGAGUCUUCCCCUUCACAAAGAAUGCAGAUAUGGCUUCAGCAGAUAAAUCUGUGAAUAUUUUGGAAAAAAAGCAGCAGAAUUGUGUGUUGAAAAAAGUUAAGUUGGGUUAUAUAACUAACAGCAAUGGUUCUGCAACUGAAAUGGUGGACAAAAAGGUAACUGGUGUUUCAGGUCGAGAAGUGGAAGGAGAGGGGGAGAUUGUUGGCCCAAUGAGGUAUGCUGUCAUGCUCGAUGGUUUCCCAGAUGUCAAGAUGACAGAGGAACAAGCUGACAAGGUGCUGACAGCACUCAUGGAGCAGAUUAACCCAAGUGACCGGAGGCGACCUAUCCAGUUUUCUGCGAUGCAGUACGAGAAUGGGGGCUUGGCAUUGACUUGUGUCAACAAUUCAACCAAAGCAUGGUUGUUCAAGACUGUUUAUAAAAUUGUUCCAUGGCCGGGAGCCAAGCUGCAGGUCGGGCAAGCAGAGUUCAUAUUGAAGGGUACCAAGUGCAUACUCUACAUGACUAGGACAAUGAAGAAGAGAAGUAACCAGCAGAUCCUGGACUUGUUUCAGAAGCAAAAUAGAGACAUCUCCACUGCUGAGUGGAAAGUCCUAAGGAGGGUGGAGGAGGCAGAUAAAAGAGAGAGGCUGACUGUUUGGGUUGAUGACAAAUCUCUUGAGGAUUUGCAGGCACACAAUUUCAAAUUAUUCCUUGGUUUGGAUCAAGCUGAUCUCAUGCUGGCAUCAGAAUGGAAGAAAAUGAUGAACAGCUGCAGUUCAGCAGAGUGGCAUAAUCCGCAGCCUGUACUUCACAAUCUGGGACGACGACCUCCUGCAAAUUAUAAACCAUGUCAACCGGUGUCUCUAAAGUUUGCAUCUAAAAAUUUUCUGCAUCCUUUGCAUUUUGGAGGCCCAGAACUGGACGCCAAACUGAAAAAAGUGAAAUCUGGUGAUAUUACUAACACUAAUGACUCUGUAACUGAAGGAGUUAGCAAAAAUGAAGCUUAUGUUUUGGGUCGAGAAUCGGAAGUAAAGGAGGAAAUGUUUGACUGGAUGAGGCAGGCUGUUGUGCUUGAGGGUUUUCCAGAUGUUAAGAUGACAGAGGAGCAGGCAGAGAUGGUGGCGACUGCACUCAUUGAGUGGAUUAAUCUAUCUGAUGAGGGGGAAUCUAUCAAGUUUUCUGAGGUGCAGUUCGAGUGUGGGGGUUUGGUGUUGACCUGUGUCAAUGAGGCGACCAAAAAGUGGCUGAAGGACACUGUUCGUCACAUCAUUCCAUGGCCAGGAGCAAGGCUGGCACUCGGCCAGGCAGAGCUUAUGUUGAAGGGUACAAGGUUCAUACUGUGGGUAUUGAAAGUGAUGAAGAGAAGUAAUCAGCAGAUUUUGGACUUGUUUCAGAAGCAAAAUAAAGGCAUCUGUACUGCAGAGUGGAAAGUCCUGAGAAGGGUGGCAGAGGGAGACAAAAAGACAGGACUGAUUCUUUGGGUUGACAACAAAUCGGACAUCCCCACCUUCGAAUGGAAAGUCCUCGAGAGGGUGGCAGAGGCAGAUAAGAGGGAAAGGUUGACACUUUGGAUUGAUAACAAAUCUUCCGAGGAUUUGAAGGCACGUGGUUUCAAAUUAUACCUCGGUUUGGAUCAGGUAAAACUCAUGCUGGCAUCGGAAUGGAAGAAAGUGAUGGAGAGUUGCGGUUCGACGAGGCGCACUUACAAACUGCGUUCUCUGGUACCUGGUUUGGGGCCUUCAGAUGUGUCCCAGUCUCAGGCAGCUAUGUUCUCGGGUCCUAAUCGUUAUCUUCAAUUUUUCAGAUUUGAACAUCAGGGUCAGACACAUCAUCGUGAACUUAAAUUUGACGAUACAGGCCCUCCUCAGUUCUGUCAGACACAGUUCAUGACUUCAGACCGACUCUUGGCACAAGAGGGCAUGUUCAGAGAAUCUGCUGUAAUGCAGAAUAUCGAGCCUAGAUUCCUGGUUUCAGAACAGCCUCAUGGGCAUAGGUUCGGCAUGUCGGAAUGGUCACAGUCACGAGAAGCCAGUUACAUUGUACCGGACAGAACACAACAUACAGAGCCUGGGUACACAUUGAAUCGAUCCCAGGAAUACAGGUACUCCACCUUGGAUCACCAACAGCUUCAUGUCACAGGCUACAAGGACCAAGAUCUUUCAGAGGUUCGUGAGAUGAGGUUCAUGGUUUCAGAUCAGAUGCACUCCAAAGAAGGUAGAUUAAUGGAACAAGAUCCUCUGUACUCUAGUGAAUCUAGAUUAAGAUUGUCGGCUCCCCAACAGUUCCAAGUAUUUGAUAAUACAAUUUCUAGGAACCCACAUUCUUGGGAAGACAGAUUUUCAGGUCAGAUUUUCCACCCCAGCAACUGAUGUCAUCUUAGACAAGCUGGAUGCCUUGUUCCUCAAGACCUUCAGAUUGUAGCAAGGGGUAACUGGUAAUUAUUCCCCAGCCAAAAUAGAACUUGAUUGGUAGUUUCAGACAGUGACUUCAUGUUUGCAACAUCUAACAUUCCAAAUUGUGGGCAUGUUUGUUGAAUAAAUUGAAAUAACCUUAGUGUUAAUUUCCUAUCCACUGUCAAAUACUGGACUUACAUGUAUAUUUUCAUGAGCUCCAGAUUUUCCCAUUGUCGUAUGUAUUGUACAGUAAUAAACUUCGAGAUCGGUUUGGAAUUGUUUUGUUUUAACUGAUUGUCAGUUGAUGAGUUUUUUUGAAAAGGCCUGUCCAUUUGUUCUACAUUGCAAACCUCUUUGAGCCGGCUAAUAACAUGUUUUGUUUUGUAGUCUUCAGAAACAUUUGUUUUUGUAACUCAAUUUUUUGCUAGUUUUCAUAGUAUAAAGAAAGGAGUAAGUUAAGGAAGUAUUUCACAUUGUGUAUACAUCAAGUGACAAGAGUAACUUAAUGUCAUUUAUCAAUAUUUAAUAUUGAGUUCAAUGUCGAGAGAAUUUUGUAAAGCAAAUAGCUUGAAUAUCCAGACUGUAGUCGCUGUGUGUGUGUGUGUGUGUGUGUGUGUGUGUGUGUGUGUGUGUUCUUCAUAUGAGCAGUUGUGUCUUGGAAUAUAUGUACUGUACAAUUUUGUAUGCAGUAUAAAAUUAUCAUUUGUUUCUUAAUAAAUCACAAA